AGAUGCGGUUGGAAGUGCUUUUGGUGGCCAGCCUUGUGGGCCUGCUGCCCAUCCUGGUGAAAUCGGAUCCACAGUCUAAUCCAUGCCACAACUUCUAUGAAGCCGCCUGCGGAAACUGGUCGGCCAUUCAUGCCAAAGAUCCUUACUCCACAGUCACAGAACAGCUGGACAUGGACUAUGCGGGAAAGUUGGCUGAUUUGCUGGAUAAAGAAAAAGGGGACAAUGAGCCACGCUUCCUGCAGCUGCUGCGAAACUUCUACACCUCCUGCCGGCAGCCUCUGACCAUGGACCAGACGCUUGAGCUCCUGAGGCAGCUAAUCAUGAUGCCAUGGAUCAACGAUAAUAUGUUAGCUGUGGGCAUGACGGCCGCCUUUCGCAUCGACGUUUUGGCCGACAUCAAGAAAUCCAAUUUGGGAACAAUAUGGAAGCAACUGCUGAUUCGCAGCACACCCUGGAACCUCAACGAGACCAACAGGGAGCUCAUGACCCGGGAGCAGUUCGACCUGCUAUGGCCAGCAGAAAGUUAUUACGAUCCGGAUUUCUUUUGGAGCGAACUGAGCAAUCUGGAAUCCAAUAUAAUGAGGAAUGCGACGUUAGAUAGUGAUGAUGACUCAACGGAAGAUGUUGUUGAUGGCUGGCCGGAAGAGUUAAUACCAACCUUUUGGAUUCUGCCAUGGCCGAAAGCAUUACCAACUUACAGUUACAUCAAUCGCUUGAUCUAUUCGCUUUCCCACACGUCCCAUAAAUUUUUGCUUAUCUACCUGUAUCUGAGACUGAAGCUCAUACAGGGACCCAUUGAGCCCUGGCACGUGGACCGAGUCGAGUGUGCCGGGCAGUCCAGGAUGAUCCUCAGCCAUCCGGCAGUUUGGUUGAUAGAGCAGAACCAUCCCCGACUCCAACUGGAGCCCGUUCUGCAGGAUAUCUUCAUAGAUCUCAAGCAGCGUUUUGGCCAAAAACUGCGGGCCAACAGGAAUCAUUUCCCCCUGCAUAUAAAUCAGUUCCUUCUGACCAAACUGAAAAGGAUGACACUCCGUUUGAGUAUCCUGCCGAAAGGCUCGGCCAAAUCCGUGGAGCGACAAAUCGACAGGUACUACACGGGUGUCCGGAUAACUCCCACAGACUACUUUGGCAAUCUCUUGAACGCACUGCAAUAUCACAAUUUCCAGGGCAAAUAUCGAGCUCGUUCAAUGCCCAACAGAAACAGCUUCGUUCCCGUGAACGUCCAUGAGUAUGGGACCUUUGCUUCGCCUUUCUAUAUGACGGAGAACAAUAUGCUGAUCGUGCCCCUGUCCCUCCUGGGGCCACCGAUCUACACACCCGAUCAGCCCGACAUACUCACCUACAGUUCUUUGGGCUUCAUCCUGGGCCACGAACUCACCCAUGGCUACGACCCCGGCAAUGUGUUCUUCAACUCCCGCGGCGUGAUCAGUCCUAUGGUUAAACGGAGCCUCAAUAUGAACUCCAGAUUCCGGGACGAGUUAAAAUGCCUCAAUCACUGGUUCGGCGAUGGCAGAGACGAGAAGUACUCGGAUUCCAAUGGCCUGGAGUUGGCCUAUUCCGCCUACUUUGACACGGCUCCGACGGAUCACAAAAGAACCAAGAACGAGGAAGACUUGAUGGUCCAGAAGCAGCAGUUCUUCUAUAACUGGGCUCAGUUCUUCUGCUCCGAUGACAUCGCCUUGAUGGAGCAAUACGGGAGCAACCAUGGCAACGACAGGUCAAGGAUCAACGAUGCAGUUGCCACUUUCAAGCCAUUUCGCGAGACCUUCGACUGUGGCCCAACAUUGAGGCAGCAAUGCCGAUUAUUCUAAUAUUAAUACUAACAUUUCCAACUCAAUGAAUCGCAAUACCGAACUGUAAUAAAUAAACUGAAAGCGAUUAGCCAAUUCCCAAUUCCGGGGAACUUAAUCAAAGGCAAAACGCAAUCGUCGUUUGACAUUUAA